AGCCACGCAGGGGACUCGUCAUGUCAAAAGUGCCCGCCACUCUAUCUCGUCAGCACCCAAAGAUACUAGGCUGGAGACUGAUGGAAUCAAUGCGGCGGAGUGAGCAGGACGGGCAGGACGAGAGGCCAACGUGCAUUCAGGCACAUAGCAGUCGACGCAUAGGUCGAGGUGCCUGCUUGGUGUUUUGUAGACCGGGCUGAAACAGACACUCUGGCCAAAGGUAGGUAGGUACCUAUGUCUAGGUACCUACUGCGUACCAUAGCUUUUAUACCUGACUGGUCCAAGUCGAGAAACAGAGGGAGAAGGAAAAAAAAGGCACUCGACUGGUCGGCGGAACCGCUUGGUGCAGGCACGUUGUAAGCCAAGGCACAGCCAAAUACCCUGGCGGCCUCUGUCUCGAGGAGUGGCCGCGACUCGUCGAAUUGAAGCAACCCACCCCCCUCACACUGCUCCCAGCCUCCGCGACCGACCGACCGACAGACCAACUCUCGCCAAAAAGCUGCUGCGGAAACAAAACCCCCUAGCGCGGCGACAUUGGGCUGGUCUUUUAGCAAGCGCGCGCAUUUGUUUGUAACGAGAGCCGUUGGGCACGCUCUCAUUUCCGCACGGUAAAUUACACGCAGCAUCCACUGCCACCACCGCAUCACAACGACGGCCCCAUCGAUCCGGCCGCCCAGCACGAGAUUCCAAGAACGAGGCCCAGCAAGGAACCACUCGAGGACGCCUGUCAAAUUGUUAAUUGGCGCCUCCCUUCCCAGGUGGCUGGCUUUUAGCGAUAAGAUUACCUGCCGCCUCACGCUGUGCUGCUCAGCCCGCUCGCCCGGCUGCACGUCUGAUCCAAGACUUGGGGUCUGGUACCGCCACGACACGCCGACACACCUGACCCGACGUUACUUAUCCCCGUCUCCGAUCUGCUGAGCUACCGCCGCGCCAGCGCCCAGUACAUCCUGCGGCCGGUCCACCGUAUUUCCAAUCUGCUCUCCGCGGACCCCCGUUUCCUCCUCUAGAUCCAUCGCGUCGUCGCGUCGCCGCAGCCAAUUGUCAAGAUGUCGCGGGUAAUGAGGAGCGUCAAAAAUGUUACCAAGGGGUACUCCAAUGUGCAGGUCAAAGUGCGCGAAGCGACCAGCAACGAUCCAUGGGGCCCUACCGGGACGCAGAUGAGCGAGAUCGCUCAGCUCACCUUCAACUCGUCGACCGAGUUCUACGAGAUUAUGGACAUGAUAGAUAAACGCCUGAACGACAAGGGCAAGAACUGGAGACACGUCCUCAAGGCGCUCAAGGUUCUUGACUACUGUCUGCACGAGGGAUCCGAGCUUGUCGUCACAUGGGGGAAACAGAACAUCUACAUCAUCCGGACGCUGCGCGAGUUCCAGUACGUUGACGAGGACGGGCGAGAUGUCGGCCAAAAUGUCCGAGUGGCCGCCAAGGAGCUUACUGCCCUGCUGGGUGAUGAGGAGAGGCUCCGGGCCGAGCGCAGCGACAGGAGGACAUGGAAGUCGCGUGUGACUGGACUUGACGAAUACGGGCCACAUCAGCAGCAAGAACCUCAUCCUGGGCCCUCGCGAGCCCCUCGAGAGCGUCCUGCCCGCCAGACUGACGAGGACGACGCCGAAUAUCGUCUGGCUUUAGAGGCGAGCAAGUACCAAGAGGAGGAGGACAGGAGGAAACGGGAGAGCCGCCAAACCCACGAGUCAGAUGAUGACGACCUUGCGAAGGCCAUCAAGCUCAGCAAGGAGGAAGAGGAACGCCGCCGUCGCGAGCUGGAGUCGUCCACCAACACCACCUCCAUCUUUGAUGAGGAUCUCAUCCAGGUCAACCAACCGCAGCCGACCGGCGCUAACCAGGGAUACACCCAGGGGAACGCCGUCGACUUUUUUGCGAACCCCAUCGACCAGAACCAGACGCAAGGCCAGCCUACCGGGUACAUGGCCAACGCCUACACCGGAUUUCAGGCUCAACCCACGGGCUUCCAGCCCCAACCCACCGGGUUCCAGAACGGCUUCCAGAACGGCUUUGGUGCUCAACAGCCCGUCGGCUUCGAUCCCUAUGGCCAACAAGCGAUGCAGCAACAACAGCAGUCUUUCCAACCCCAGCCUACCGGCUUCAACCCCUAUGCUCAGCAACAGCAGCAGCAGUUGCAAAUGCAACAACAGCCGACGGAAUCCUCGCUGCAGUCCGGCAGUAACAAUCCAUGGGCAACCAAUAACAACCAGCAGCAAGCGCUACGCCCGAUGCAGACGGGAUCCAACAAUCCAUUCGCGGCGAAGCCACAGCCUUUCAAGGCCCCGCCGAUGCCGGCGCUGGGAAGCCUUCCUGAGCAGAAGACACUUUCGACUUUCCAACAACAACCAUCCCCAUUUCAAUCACAACAGCAGACCUCAUUCCCCCAGACCUCAUUCUCUCCCGCUCCGCAGCAACAGCAGCAGCAACCUCCGCAGAGGGAGCUUAGUGAGCACGAAGCGCGUCUUAACCAGUUGCUUGCUAACGGCGACGGCAUGGACACUUUCGGCAAUGUGGGUCAGACACGUAUUCCCGCUCAGCAUACAGCACCGGGGACAUUUGUCAACAGCGCCGGGGCCGGCGCCGCGCGCCUCACGACCGAUGCCACGGGCAGCAACCCGUUUUUGCGAACGCAAUUCACGGGCAUGCCCACGCCCUCGUACGGUGGGCAGCACCAGAUGCCGGCGGCAACGGGGCCGGCGGGUAUGAACAGCGGCUUUGGCGCGCCACAAGCGACCAACAACCCGUUCGCUACGAGGCCACAGCAGCAGCAGACGAACCAGGGUGAUCUGAUCCAGUUCUAGGAGGAUGAUCGAGACCCUGGGGGAGAACAGUGCGAGGAUGCGAGCAAGGGGGUAAAGGGUGAAGAGGGCAAGAAGGAACUUUAGAAAGAUAUUUGCAUAUUCACAUAUCCACAGUUUUAUACGCCAUCCGCGUUUUGUCUCGUCGGGAUCGAGGGCAUGUCAACUUGUCCUCUUGGUGGACGUCAUUUUUGUUCUUCAACGUGUCUGGACACAGAAACAUCGAGGUUCUGGCGGUCAAGCAGUUGUUGCGAUAUUGCUGUUUUGGCUGCCGCAUUCACCUAUGCAAGAAAGAUAUAUCAGGUAGUUGUUUGGCCAGCAGUUUGUAGGGGGCGGAAUUCUGAACUAAACUAUUUUGGUAUGCAGCUGCAGGACGAUAGAUAUUCAGGUACAUACAUGAUCAUCUCCAUGCGAGCUUGCCUAUUCGCUGCUUUCUAGAGGACUUAUCGGGCAUCAUCAAUUGUGAUCCAGGCCCAGGGAUUCGUGCCGUUGGAUCUUGUUUCUCACCGGACUUGGAUGAGAAGGACUCUGCCAGGAUAGAAGCCAGCCUUGAAUUAAUGUGCG